GCAAGCCAGGAUAACAAUGUAGGCUUUGAAGACUAUUAAGAGUUCCUUCCGGCAAUCUCUACAGCGAAGACCCACUAGGGCACGCCGAACCCGGCCGCUGUGCCCGAGGGCUCGGUCGUGGUGGGGCUGUGCGUGCGUAGUGUGCUGGGCCUCUUGCGGCUUGGAAAUAAACAGAGACAAGGUCAGCAACCCUCCAGCUAAUACCGACCGGCCAUCCAAAGCCAUGCGUGGUUCACUUCACCAAGGCGAGUUUGUCCCCUGAACACCUCUGCACGCGGGCCCGGAAAACCCGAGGGGCGGGCCAAAGUCGGGGUCGUGUUCUAUGAGCCGAGCUUGGCUCCGGCGGAACUACGACGGAACCGAGCACCCCUCACCAGUGGCAGACCCGAGAAGGCUUGCCGGCUCAGGGAGAGAGGCUGACAUAUAAAAUGGUCCCUGGGAUUCGCUGGCUGACGUAUGUUACUGUAGCCCUGCCCAAGAUGACCACAUUCCGACGAGGCUUGACCACGAUGGCAUCGCUCAAGACCACCCCAAGCAAGAUCGUCUGCAUUGGCCGCAAUUAUGCGGACCACGUCAAGGAGCUCAACAGCGCGAGGCCGAAACAGCCCUUCUUCUUCUUCAAGCCCCCAAGCUGUGUGCUUCAGCCCGGCCAGGGCCCGGUCAUCAGGCCCAAGGGCGUCGACCUGCAUUAUGAGAUCGAGCUGGCGCUCAUCAUGGGCAAGAGGGUCAAGGACCUGGCUCCUGACGAUGAGCAAGGCGCCCUCGAUGCCAUUGAGAGUUACGCCCUGUCGAUCGACAUGACGGCGCGCAACAUUCAGAAUGAGGCCAAGAAGAAGGGCCUGCCGUGGGACAUCUCCAAGGGGUUUGACACGUUCUUGCCCAUCAGCCGCCUCAUCCCCAAGGCCAAGAUCCCAGACCCGCACCGGAUCGAGCUGUGGCUCAAGGUCAACGGCGAGACGAAGCAGGAGGACUCGACGGAGCUGCUGCUGUUCCGGAUCCCGCGCGUCCUGAGCGACAUCUCGCGCGUCGUCACGCUCGAGGAGGGCGACAUUGUCAUCACGGGAACGCCCAAGGGAGUGGGCCCUGUGGUACCCGGCGACGUCAUGACAGCGGGAAUCCGCGUCGACGGCAAGGAAAUCGAAGAGGCGGCCAUGGAGGUCCCCGUGGAGGAGAGUACGGGCGCUUAUGUCUUCCACGAGACGUGAGCGGUCCAGGGGAUGCAUUGUUUUGUACUAUCAUAAACAACAUAGACAUGAUGUGGAUGCCCCUUUCUUUGUCAAACGAACGGCCUUGAGAAACCAUCGUGCCCCUGUGCUGGUAGGGCCCCUCGGGCGUUGGGCGUACGAGCGUACGAGCGUACGAGCGUACGAGCGUACGAGCGUACGAGCGUACG